UCGUGCCUCGGUUAUCCGGGUUGGAUUUCGUUCCAAGUCAGGAAUCAUCUUAUACCUAUUGCGAAACACCCGCUCGCUGCCGUCUCGGCGGCGUCUUCCCCAAAUCGAACUGAGCUCCAUUGGCGAGAGAGGGCUACGAGCCGGAGAGAGCCAUCGUCUUCCUCUCGCUCCCUCACCCUCACCUUGAUGCUGUAGCGAGCACUCUGCAGAAACCUCAAACAAACCCAUUCCCUGCAACCCGUUUCCUCCAACGAUGCGGCGAUGCUUCUUCACUGGGCUCCGCUCCGUGGGAGGGCUUCAGUCGAACCAAUUCCUCUCCGCCUCCACUCCCCGCCGCCUCCUCCACGCUCCUCCCCUCAUUCGCCGGACCCUCUCCUCUGCACCAUCCAGGAACCCGAUGAGUCUCAGUAGCUUUCCCCCGUUCGCUGCAUCUCCUCUGUUCCGUUACCCCACAAUGGCACCCCCCGCAGUCUCUUUGGUCCAAGUGCGGGGAGUGUCGUCGAGAGACCGGAGGAGCAAGAGGACGCCGACGACACCUGUUGUUUCCAAGGUCAAGAAGACCAAGACGAAGUUCUACUCGUCUUACAAACAGAGGUUUAGGGUGAUGAAUGAUGGGAGCAUUAGGCGCUGGAAGGAAGGCAAAAGGCACAAUGCCCAUUUGAAGCUCCUUUCUGGUGGCAGAAUCAUCACUGUUUGUAACCGUUUUGUUGGAUCAAGGGUCCUGGAAUUGAAAACUAGUCAAAGAAGUCAAAGCGUCGACUGAGGAAGCCAGCUAUUGUACCUCCUGCUUAUGCCAAAGUGAUGAAGAAGCUGGGCUUCUGUGCUUAAAACGCUGGGAAUCUGAGGUAUUUUCUGUCAGCACCUUCCAACACAUAGUAUUAUUCAUGUUUGGCCUUCUCAUUGUAUCCCUUUUGUUGAAUCAAGUAGAAAGCUCUCAUCUAAGUUGCUGUAAUAGGACAAUUUUUGGCAAUAGUUAGCGGCUUUUGGAAUGUGUUCAAAUAAUUGUGUACAUGAGGCAACUUUUGCGACACGAAUGGAUUAUCACGUCUUGGCAGUCGUUUAUGAACUUGAAAGGGAAGCAGUUUUGCAGCAA